AUGGAUCCCAAAGAGAUAGAAAAAAACAAGAGCGAACAAGACGAACAAAUUAGUGAAACAAAAAUUCCCUUCCGAAACACAGAUUACAAUGAUUCCAUUGAAAACGAUAAAAAGAAAGUUAUUGAAACGAAACAUUUUAAAGAGAGUGAAGAGAAUAAUUUUGACCCUGAUGAAAAUUAUAAAGAUAUACCUGAAAAAACUGAAAAAGAAUUGAAUCAAAGACAGCAAUCCAAUGAAAGUGAGGAGAGUAUCGAGCAAUUUAUACCAAAAAAUACAUAUCUUUACCAUAAAAGGGGUGAAGAUAGGGGUGAAGAUAUAGAUAGACAAAAUGCAAGCGAUAAUAAAAGGAAUGCAUUAGACAGUAAUAAGGAACAUUAUGACAAAUUUAAGGAUAUACCUGAUAGUACUGAAGAAGAUUCAAAGGAGAGUAAAGAAAAUAACGAACAAUAUUCACCAGGACAAACAAUUGCUUUGCGUGAUAGAAACGAGGACUUGAAUAGUGAAAACGAAUACAACAGCAGAGAAAAUGAAUUCAUUAAAGAAAGCAAACGCUUAGCUGUCAAAGAACUUCCAAUUGAGACAACAUCAAGCGAAGAUUCAAGAGAAGAUAAUAUUGAAAAUAAAAAACAAAAUAUACUACACAAAGAUUACGCAAGUGAUCCACUUACAAAAGAAAAUUUAAGGCCUCAAGAAGGUGAUUUGAUUGAUUUUAGUCACGAAAGUAUUGAAGUUAAUGAUCAAGAUGAAGCCGCUAAAGAUUUUAACAUAAAUAAUGAUCAGACCCCUGAUAUACUAAAUCCCCUAAAAAAUGAUAGUAAACCGAAGAAUCAAUUGAUUCUUACAGAUGAAAAUAACAGUAAUCAAUUAAAAGACAAUUCUAAUGAAUAUGAAAAACAAGUCAAAAUCAAUGAUGGCGAAGUUAAACCUGUAAUAGAACUUAACAGCGAAGAUAGUGAUGAAGAAAGUGAGGAAAAUCUGAAGGAUAGUGCUAACGCUCAUUUAAGAUACAACGAAGAAAAAAGUUUUAAUGCCGACACCUCUCAGGAAAACGAACCUCCUAAUGAUGAUAAGGUUAAUGUUAAACAACAAUUUGAAAGGAUACCUUUAAAUUAUAACCAUGCUCUUAAAGAAACAAACACUAGUAAAAAUGAACAUUCUGGCUCCGAUGGUACUCUAGAUACUAUUUCUCCUAAAAAGGACAAUUUCGAUGAAAAUUUAAAUAUAAAAUUUAGUGACAUAACUAUCAAAUUGCCUGAAAUAAAAUUACCAGAUGAUAUUUUAUCAUAUGCAGAAGAAGAACCCCCUAAAGAAAAAUUAAAAGAAAUAAACCGUGUAAAUACCUAUGAUGAACAUGACAUAAGCAAUGAAGAGGACCCUUAUGAAAAAUUUGUGCGGGAGCGGUUUGGUAAAAGUAAAACUAACCGACAAAGAUCGGAAAAAUUACAAGAAUUCGGACCUAAAGAAAGGAAUCCUAAAUUACAAGAAAAAAUUCAAGACGUUUUGAAAAAGGCUAAUUAUAUCCAAAAAGAAGCCGAAAAAAGUGGUGAUCCAAAAGCUGGAUAUUUAUGGACUUUAGAAUAUGGAGAGAAUUUAUAG